AAAGAACCACUUACAGAAGAUGAAUCUCUGCUGGGAUCAUGAAGCAGAAGAACCUCAGCUCUCAGAUUGGUUUAAUCCUAAGAAACGUCCUGAUGUAAAAACAACAACUGAUUGGUUUGCACCAAUCCUAUGGGAAGGAACUUACAAUAGACAAGUCCUGGAAAAGUACUAUAAAAGGCGGAACAUUACUGUAGGCUUGGCUGUGUUUGCUACUGGAAGGUUUGUGGAUCAGUACCUGCAACAGUUCAUCCAGUCUGCUAAUAAAUACUUCAUGAGUGGCUACAAUGUUAUCUUUUACAUCUUGAUGGAUGACUUCUCCAAACUACCUCCUAUAGAGCUAGGUCCCCUUCGAACAUUUAAACUAUGUAUUGUACUCAGACAACAUGUGUGGAAAGACCUGAAUUACAUAUACAUGAGGAACUUGAAUAAUUACAUCCUAGAACACAUCCAACAUGAAGCUGACUUUCUCUUCAGUUUGACUGUAAACCAGAUCUUCAAGAAUGACCUUGGGGUAGAAGCCCUGGGCAAGUCUGUAGAGCAACUCCAUGCAUGGUGGUAUUUUGGACAUGACAAAAAUUUCCCUUAUGAGAGAAGCCCUAACUCAGCAGCUUUCAUCCCUUUUGAAAAGGGAGAUUUCUAUUACCAUAGUGCAAUUUUUGGUGGCACGCCCUCUGAGGUUUUAGCCUUCAUUGAAGAAUAUAAAAAAGGAGUUCAAAAUGAUGCUAAAAGUGGAUUUAAGAGUGCAUAUGAAUGUUACCUAAACAAAUACUUGUUUAUCAAUAAACCCACUAAGUUGUUAUCACCAGAAUACAAUUGGGAUCCAAAUUUUAGAACCCCCCCCUGAAUUAAACAUGUGAAGAUAGAAUGGCAGUCAAAAAGUAUUUGAUGGUUAUAGCAUUAAAUUUAUGAGUUAAUAAGUAAAUCAUCAAAAUAAUUCCUCAAUUAUAAAACUUUUCAGUAUUUUAGAAACUUACAAAAAUGUGCAAUCUUUCAAAACUGUUUUUCUCAUGUCAAUUUUGAACCAUCUAA